GCCGCGCCGGGAGCGGAGCCGGGACGGGAGCGCAGCGGCGGCGGCACCGCACACACAGACACAGGGGCUAGGCGAGAAAGCAGCAAGAGAGAGGAAAAAAAAUAAUAAUCCCCACCGCGAUCGGCACCGCCGUAAAAGCAGAGCGAUGAUGAUCGUACUCGUAGCAAUAACAGAAGAAAAGACCUUUGACAGAGAAGAGAGAAAUCUAAAAUCUUUAAAUUAAAAAAAAAAAAAAGAAAAAAAAAGGAAAUACCAGGGACAUCGGGGAAUGAAAGUUUUGGGUAGCUAAGCUGCUCUCUGCCUUUUUUUUUUCUUUUUUUAUAUGUAUAUGAAAUCCUUUUGCGGGUAAUUUUUUUUUUUUUUAAUUUCGCGGUUUUCUGCCUUUUCCUUGCAUCCAAAGAGGGCAUGCCCACCGGCUGUUCCAGCAGCAUCUACCCUCCAACUCCCACCAGGAAGACAAACCGAGGACAAUCUUGAAAUACAAAAAUUUCCUCCUUGGAAUUUGCUGCUGCUACUGCUGCUGUCUCCGCCGCCACUGCUGCUGCCGCGGUGCAGUGCCAAGACUCUCGGAAUAAAUAAAAGAGGGCUACAGUGUGUGUCUCUAGCUACAGCCGGCUAAUAGCUAUUUUAGUUGGCCGGCACAUCUCGAAGAUCACAGAUGAAGCGGGGACGCCUGCCUUCUUCGUUGGCUCAGCGUGUGAAACAAUAAUCCCCGUAACAAAAAGGAGGGAGAUGGGGGAGAAAAAAAAUCCUAACAUGAAUCAGAAGAAAUAGUAUCUAGCACCCCCCAGCCCCCCCAAACCAACCUCUCCCCCUCCCCUUCCCCCGAUCCCACUCUCUCUCUCUCUCUGCACACGCUUGCAGGCGCGGGCACGCGCGCGCACGCACAGACACACAGACGCGCGCACCCAGACACACAGACACGCACACACACUGUACUGUGUAUUUUCGGAGGAGGAGGUGGCUUUUGGAAGAGGAGGCAGCGGUGGUGUCGGGGAGGGGGGAAUCUCUUUCCCCGUCUGGAGAUGGUUGUGCUAUUCCUCUUUGCCUCGCUCUGGAUGCUGGAGGGGGCUUUUUGCCAGCUCCAUUACACGGUGCAGGAAGAGCAGGAGCAUGGCACGUUCGUGGGGAAUAUCGCCGAGGACCUGGGCUUGGACAUUACAAAACUUUCGGCUCGGCGCUUCCAGACGGCGCCCAACUCCCGCAGCCCUUACCUGGAGCUUAACCUAGAGACCGGCGUGCUCUACGUGAACGAGAAAAUUGACCGCGAGCAGAUCUGCAAGCAGAGCCCCUCCUGCCUGCUGCACCUGGAGGUCUUCCUGGAGAACCCCCUGGAGCUGUUCCGCGUGGAGAUCGAGGUGCUGGACAUCAACGACAACCCGCCCUCCUUCCCGGAGCCCGACCUGACCGUGGAGAUCUCGGAGAGCGCCACGCCGGGCACCCGCUUCCCGCUGGAGAGCGCCUUCGACCCCGACGUGGGCACCAACUCACUGCGCACCUACGAGAUCACCCCCAACAGCUACUUCUCCCUCGACGUGCAGACCCAGGGCGACGGGAACCGCUUCGCCGAGCUGGUGCUGGACCAGCCGCUGGACCGGGAGCAGCAGGCGGUGCACCGCUACGUGCUGACGGCGGUGGACGGCGGGCAGCCCCAGCAGCGCACCGGCACCGCCCUGCUCACCGUCAGGGUGCUGGACUCCAACGACAACGUGCCCGCCUUCGAGCAGCCCGUGUACACCGUGUCGCUGCCCGAGAACUCGCCGCCGGGCACGCUGGUGCUGCAGCUGAACGCCACGGACCCCGACGAGGGGCAGAACGGCGAGAUCAUCUACUCCUUCAGCAGCCACAUCUCGGCCCGCGCCCGGGAGCUCUUCGGCAUCGCGCCGCGCACCGGGCGCCUGGAGGUGAGCGGCGAGCUGGACUACGAGGAGAGCAGCGUGUACCAGGUGUACGUGCAAGCCAAGGACCUGGGGCCCAACGCCGUGCCCGCGCACUGCAAGGUGCUGGUGCGGGUGCUGGACGCCAACGACAACGCGCCCGAGAUCAGCUUCUCCACCGUCAAGGAGGCGGUGAGCGAGGCGGCGGCGCCGGGCACCGUGGUGGCCCUGUUCAGCGUGUCGGACCGCGACUCGGAGGAGAACGGGCAGGUGCAGUGCGAGCUGCUGCAGGGCGACGCGCCCUUCCGCCUCAAGAGCUCCUUCAAGAACUACUACACCAUCGUCACCGAGGGGCCGCUGGACCGCGAGCAGCCGGGCGGCGACGCCUACACGCUGACCGUGGUGGCCCGGGACCGCGGCGAGCCGCCGCUCAGCACCAGCAAGUCCAUCCAGGUGCGGGUGAGCGACGUGAACGACAACGCGCCGCGCUUCAGCCAGCCCGUGUACCAGGUGUACGUGAGCGAGAACAACGUGCCCGGCGCCUACAUCUACGCCGUGAGCGCCACCGACCGCGACCAGGGCGCCAACGCCCGCCUCGCCUACUCCAUCCUGGAGAGCCAGAUCCAGGGCAUGUCCGUCUUCACCUACGUCUCCAUCAACUCCGAGAACGGCUUCCUCUACGCCCUGCGCUCCUUCGACUACGAGCAGCUCAAAGAGUUCAGCUUCCAGGUGGAGGCCCGCGACGCGGGCGAGGAGCCGCAGCCGCUGGCCGGCAACGCCACCGUGCACAUCAUCGUGGUGGACCAGAACGACAACGCGCCCGCCAUCGUCAGCCCCGUGCCCGGCCGCAACGGGACCCCGGCGCGGGAGGCGCUGCCCCGCGGCGCCGAGCCGGGAUACCUGGUCAGCCGGGUGGCGGCCGUGGACGCCGACGACGGCGAGAACGCCCGCCUGACCUACAGCAUCGCGCGGGGCAACGAGGCUGGGCUCUUCCGCAUGGACUGGCGCUCCGGGGAGCUGCGCACGGCGCGCAGGGUGCCGGCCAAGCGCGACCCGCAGCGCCCCUACGAGCUGGUGAUCGAGGUGCGCGACCACGGGCAGCCGCCGCUCUCCUCCACGGCCGCCGUGCAGGUGGUGCUGGUGGACGGCGCGGGGGAGCGCUCCGGGGGCGGCGGCGGCGCGGCCGCGGGCACCGGCGCGGGGGGAGGCUCCGGGGGCUCCGGCGAGCAUCGCCCCAGCCGCUCCGGCGGGGAUAACUCGCUGGACCUCACGCUCAUCCUCAUCAUCGCCCUGGGCUCCGUCUCCUUCAUCUUCCUGCUGGCCAUGAUCGUGCUGGCGGUGCGCUGCCAGAAGGAGAAGAAGCUCAACAUCUACACCUGCCUGGCCAGCGACUGCUGCCUGGGCUGCUGCUGCUGCUGCCCCUGCUGCAGCCGGCAGGCGCGGGCCCGCAAGAAGAAGCUCAGCAAGUCGGACAUCAUGCUGGUGCAGAGCUCCAACGUGCCCAGCAACCCCGCGCAGGUGCCGGUGGAGGAGUCGGGCAGCUUCGGCUCGCACCACCACAACCAGAACUACUGCUACCAAGUCUGCCUCACCCCCGAAUCCGCUAAGACCGACCUGAUGUUCCUCAAACCCUGCAGCCCCUCUCGCAGCACCGACGCCGAGCACAACCCCUGCGGGGCCAUCGUCACCGGCUACGCCGACCAGCAGCCCGACAUCAUCUCCAACGGGAGCAUUUUGUCCAGCGAGACCAAGCAUCAGCGUGCCGAGCUCAGUUAUCUAGUUGACAGACCCCGACGAGUAAACAGCUCUGCAUUCCAGGAAGCAGACAUAGUGAGCUCUAAGGACAGUGGUCAUGGAGACAGUGAGCAAGGAGACAGUGAUCAUGAUGCCACUAAUCGAGGUCAAUCCUCUGGCAUGGAUCUCUUCUCCAACUGCACAGAGGAAUGUAAAGCACUGGGCCACUCGGAUCGGUGCUGGAUGCCUUCCUUUGUUCCAUCCGAUGGACGCCAAGCUGCGGAUUACCGCAGCAAUCUGCACGUACCUGGCAUGGACUCCGUUCCAGACACUGAAGUGUUUGAAACACCAGAAGCCCAGCCCGGGGCAGAAAGGUCCUUCUCCACCUUUGGCAAAGAGAAGGCCCUUCACAACAGUCUGGAGAGGAAGGAGUUCGAUGGACUGCUGUCUAAUACACGAGCGCCUUACAAACCACCAUAUUUGACACUUGCCAUCUCUGGAUCUCAAAGUGGAUUAUAAAGAAUAGUGAUUUAAACCUUCCUGCACCUCUAGGAGAUAGCACGGAAAAGGAUAUGCUAGUCACUUCUACAGGACUUACCUGAAGCAGCAUGAUUUGCACAAAAGAAAGUCGACCAACAAAAAGCAUCAGCUUUCAACUUCAUUAUCUUGGCCAUCCAGUUCUGUGUAACUGAAGGAUUUGUGUGCUGUUGGAGACAUCCUGGCCAACCAUAGGACCUAAUUGCUCUCAGCAGGCCUGAGAAAUGAGUUGAAAUGUGUAGAACUGUAGAAACUUCAGAGGCAACUGAUCUUGCCUCUCUGAUCAGUGUGUGCCUGUUUACAGCACUAUAUAUCUUUCUCUCUCCAAAAUGUCACUGAGCCCUUUAGAUGUUUAUAUUCACCACAAAAAGCCAAUCGUACAGAUAAAAGAGAUGUGCAUUAUAAAUGCAAUAUCACUGUUUUAAACUUGACUGUUUUAUAUUAUUUUUGUGUGAUCAAGUGUUCCCCAAACUAUUCCAACUUUACAAGAGAGAUUGUGAUCAUGUUCUUUUCACCUGUGGGUCGUAAAAAUGUUGUUAAUCUGAAGACCCACAAAAUUAUCAAAGACAUUUCUGUAGUUUAUACACCGUGUUGCAAAGUGUUUACUGUACUAUUUCAAAGCUUCUAAAUAAAUAUAAAAUAUAUAUAUAUUAUAUUAUAUAUAAUUUUCCGAAAAACGUGGUACAACUUAGUUGAUUUUUAAAUGGAUUCAUACAGUUUACACCAUCCACUAAAGCGAGAAGAUAAUUCAGGGUUCCUAAGCUAUCCUUGCUAAAAACAAAAAUAAAAUAAACCUUUAAUAGUACUUCCCCAAAAUUCGUAUUUUGGUCCAUCCUGUUUUUCUUGUUUGAAAAAAAAAAAAAAAAAGCUGUAAGCAGCACCAUUUUGUCUAAAAAGUCGUGAGGAAUUUUCAAUGCCAAAGAUGCAGCUGUCAGUAUUACCCCAAUGAGCGCUAUGUACUAUCAGAGGUAUAAACCACUCUCCAUUACUUUGGUUAUGUUUCUAUGGUUUUUAAUUUGGAAUCACAAAAUCUUUUAUAAGGCUCUAUAAAUUCACCUGUAUAUGUUGUUAAAAAAGAACACUGGGUGUCUGUACAUUUUGCAAUGUAAGAUAUAAUGUAAGUGAAGUUAAGUAUUUUAAGAAAAUCAUCCCAAGCUCAUAAAUAUGUAUACAUACAUACAUAAAUACAUACACACACACACAAAAACACCCACACAUCUCUCUUUAACAUAGUUUUGUGAAACUAUACAAAUAUAUUGCCUAAAAAUAUUUCUCUUGUGGCUAGGAAUAGUUGUUGAUAGAAUUCAAAUUACAAAGGCAAAGUGUAUGCCAGAAGACUCUUUUGUCACAAAGGAGAUUUCCAAUUAGGAACAUGGCACAUUCUCAGCUGACCCCUGUCCCAUGGGAGUUCAAAUGGUGUUGGCCACCAUCUUUGUUGGGAAAAGGAUUAAGCCCUUGCAUAUAAUCUUUAUGUUCUGUAAUAAUUCUGUGGUCUGAAACAGUAUCUUAGAGCGUUUCUUUUCUAUGAAAUAUUGAAAAAAGUAAAAUUUCGAAGGUAAAGUUUAAAACUACUUUCAUGUCCAUGGAGUUUAAGUACCAUUUACUAAAUGUAAAAAUCUAGUAAAAUUUUUUCUUUUUUUUUUUUUUGUGCUGUGAUUUUUUUCCCCUUACUGUACCUUAAUACAUCAAAUAGUGAAAGCAAAUGAGAGCACACCUUGUUGUCAGCCAAUGCCUAGCCAAAUUCAAACCAAUUCCACCUGAUGGUUCAAUAUUAAGUAAAACAAGAGCAAAUGUUUCAUUGGUUGCAGUGGGAUUUGAAUCAUGCCAUUAUUUUGGAAUUCUGCCAUGGAUGAAUGUGUGAGAGGUCGCUGCUAUGUCAUAAUAGAAUUUGGGUUUCUUAUUUUUGUUUGUGGGUUCUGGGGGUUUUUGUUCUCUGUAAUGGUAGUUUCUAUUAGAUACGAGUAUAUAAAUCACCUGUAUGAAAGCCAUCUUGCUGUGGAUCCAAAUGUACACAGGGACUCCAACAUUCCUGAUCAAAUUCCACGAGUUCUUUGUACAGCUAGUGGACCCUACCAUGAUUAAUUUAUUAUUCCAAACAAAAUAAUAUGCUCAUUAAACACUUUAAUGUGCACACCUAGCAUGAUUGUAUAAUGACAGAUUGUUUCAUGAGAUUCUUUUAAAAAUGUAUGUUAUAAAAAACCUAAUUCAAAAAUCCCCCAAACCACUUCAACAGCUAUUGAUUUGAACAAAUACAACAGUGAAAUGUUCCUCCUGCUCUAGGUAGCAGACCUUUUAGUUGCCCACAGCCUUCAUUUAUUUUAUGAAGAAAAGCAAUGGAAUUUGUGACAAAUAUUUCAUUUAAAGGAGAUUUCUAGAUUCUUGUUUCUGCUUUUAAAGCAAGAAAGUCCUUGCCAUUCUGAAACCUGUUUCUAAUUAGGUUUUUAAUACAGACAUAUAUUGUAAUUUAUGGUUGUUUUCUGGUCUUUGUGAGGGAAAGGAAAUUAUUUUACUUUCUGUUUCAUGGACAGCCAAAUUGUUUCUAUUUUAUGAAACUCCCUUCACAUUUUGCAUGCCAUUUUUUUCUGAAAAAUUAUUAACCAUAUCAUGUCCUGUCAUUCAUUUCCAAAACCAAACUCUUUCCAUCAAGUAUGAUAUAUGUACAGAUUUAUUGAUCUUUUUUAUUUGUAUUUAAUGUUAAAUACCAUUGGCAUUGGCCCAUAUAUACACAGAAAUCCUUGUGAGUUCACUGGGAUGAACUCAGUUCAUCCUAGAGAGGUCCUAGAGGGAGUCAUGGUAGGAUGCAGAAGUGUCAAGGAAAAGGAAGAAUUGAAGUGCUGCAGCCUGAGCUUUUGAGAUGAAGCUGUAGCUCCUGCUGGUUCCCUUGCUCACUGUGAGUUUUGGUGCACUGAAAUUUGCUGGCACAAGCCUUGGGACACAUUAAAUCCCAGUGCAUAGCUGCUGUCCCAAAAAAAGGGCAAACUGGGCAGGGCAGAGGCUCAGUUUGUGCUGUUUCUUUGUUUUAGUGGGCACCUGGCCACCUGCCUUUGACAUUGCCUUGUUCAGCAUCUCCCAAAUAUUCCAUGGCACUGCUGGGAGCAGGGGCAGGCCUGUGAAUGCCUUCAGAGCUCUCCCAGUGUGUGUGUGCCUCCUCCUCUGAUGCAAAUGUUGAAGGACUCUCAUUGUAUAUUGGACCCAACAGUGAAUUAAAAAUAAUCAGGAAAUUUUUAGGUUGGGUAUUAAGGGGAAAGAUUGAUGCCCAUAAAACUGAGAUGAGGAAAGUUUGGGAAUCUUCUUCAUUGCAGGUUUUCAAGGACAGUGCAAAAAAUUAAAAAAAAACCCCACACCUGUAAGGGAUGAUCUAAGUGUACUUAAAGUUGCCUCAGAGAAAAAGCACAGAGAAAGCUCUCAGUCCUGUUGGUCUGUAAUGCUCCUGGUGGGGCAUGCUGAACUUUGGAGGGGUUAAUCUGUGCACAGCUGUAGGGAUAAGAAUGUUCUAUCCUUCAAUUAGUUGUUUGAAGCAAUAUUUAAUGUCUCGAUUUACCAUUUAUGAGCAUAAUAGAACAAGCUGCCUGUGAGAAUAAUUGUCUUUGGAGUAAAUUAGAGUUCAAGCAGAGAAGACAGGGUCUUAUAAAAGAUAGCAAUCAGGUCUGUGAAUCUUUUUUUUUCUUUUUUAAACUCCUGAUUUAGAUAUGUAGCAAUAGAUUUCCAAGCAGCUUGCCUAUCAAAAUUCUUCAAAAUCAAACUUCAGUUUCUUGCAAAACUUAGAAAUACUAAAACAUUUCACUACUUGAAAUAGAAUUCCAAUUUUUUGAAGCAAGUUUUUGCUAACAUGCCUAUUGAGAGAAGGUAUUUCCAUGAACAUAUUCUUAAAUUUCUGGAGCAAGGUGUAGUAAUUUAAGUAGUUACUUCUUUUUCAUUAAUGUUGUUGCAAAAUUAGGUGAAAUUAAAUACACAGAUGAAUACAAUUUGUAAAGAUUCCUGCAUUAUAGCCUCUAUAUAGUUGUGGGGGAGCUACAUGGGUGUAUGUGUAUGUGUGUGUAACUAUAGUUCAAAUUCUGGGAAGUUGCCAUGGGAUUUUUUUUCUUACAGCUCCUAUCAGUAAAUGUAAACAAAAGGGAAGAAACACAUGUUAGGGUACUACAAAACAAGACUUGUUCCUUAGUGUAGAAUGGAGUUUUGCAUUCAAGAAUUAAAUUCAGCCCCUUCUUCAUGUGUUAAACCCACAAUCAAGCACACAACUCAUUUUUAUUUUUACUUCCAAAAUGUUACCUGCUCAAGGUUUUUUUUUUCAUUCUUUUUUUAAAGUAAUAUCAUUCCUCAGGGUAAAGGGUAGAUAAAUAGAUAGUCUUCCUAGGCUGAUAAAUUGCAAUUGCAAUUUUGCAAGGCUGUUAAAUAUUUGUGUGUCUUACCUGGAAAAAGGCGAUCGUAACCUGCCACUGUUCCAUGUUCUUCUAGUCUCAAGCUUUAUGGCAUUUGGGCUUGUGAAUUUAAACCUAUACAAAAGUGUAGGGGCCAAAAUAAGCAUUUUUGAUAUACAUUUAGGUAUUGCAAUUUGAUUGCAAAAAAUUGGCAUCAGAUGUCUAUAAAGGGUAGAAAGUUGUUUAUUCUGUUCUGUUUGCAGUAAUGUAAAAGACAGCCAGUAGGACUUUAUUAUAAUAUUGUGCUAUGAUAAAUUCUGAAACUGUGAGUCAAAUCCUUUGCACUGAUCCCUACAAUCAUAGAGCAAAUUCUUCAUAAAGAGCUCCUUCAUUUUAUUUUGUCUCAAAGAAAUGGAUACAUAUAUAUAUAUAUAUAUAAAAACAGAUAUACAUAGCCAUUACAAUCCAUUGUUGAGCAUCUGUGUUUUUGUAGAUAUCCUCAUAUGUAAGAAAUAACCAAGAACUAACUUGGACAGAUUUCUUGAACUGAAAUUGUUUUUGAAUUUGAAUUUGUUAAUAAAGUUCAUGAUAUUGACAGACA